AUCGCUACAGAGAUGCCGAAGGUUGCGCUUAUAUUAGUCCUGUUCCUCACUUUUUCUCUAUGUAUUGUUGACGGCGGGGGAGUUGCAGUUGCUAUUGGAGGUGAUGUGGCCGCAGCGGCUGCUGCUGCUGGAGCUGCUGGGCUCGCGGUGGGAGUUGUGGGCACACAUGUUGUUAUUAGAUUCCUAUUAAACCUCGCUGUGAACAUACGAAGUUUCCUGGACAUGGUAAAAGGAUGCGGAACGUUUCUAUCGUUACCCUUCAGGGGAGUCCUUGGCUAUGUGCAAAAUUUAUUUAAUAUUCUCCUCAAAGUGCUCAAUGUGUGUCCUACUUCUCUUAUAAACGAUGUCGGCUCCGGCCUCGGUCUUGGAGCAUCUCUGGCAGCAGCUUUUGGUCUAGGGCCGAAAGUUAAUCCUGAGCUAAGUCUUUCUGGCGGUAUUGGAGGGCACCUCCAAAUCGGUCGACCUUCACUUCUUCCUGGUGAAUGGCCUAGACCUGUUUCUAUCUCUCGACCUAGAAUUUUUCAAGUCUCGGCACGUAGAGUUCGAUCUAUCUCGCAACCUGGAGUUCAAACUGUCUCUCAAUCUGGAGUUUUAACUAUCUCUCAUCAUGGAGCUCCUCUUGGCUCGCAGCCUGGAGGCUUUCCUGGCUCGCCACUUGGAGUUCAGACUAUCUCUCAAUCUAGAGUUCAAACUGUCUCUCACCAUGGAGCUGCUCCUGGCUCGCAGCCUGGAGGCUUUCCUGUCUCGCCGCCUGGAGCUCAUAGUAUCUCUCACUCUAGUGUUCUAACAGUCUCUCAUCAUGGAGCUCCUCCUGGCUCGCAACCUGGAGGCUUUCCUGGCUCGCCACCUGGUGUUCAGACUAUCUCUCAAUCUAGAGUUCUAACUGCCUCUCAUCAUGGAGUUCUUCCUGAAGAGCUUGCUAGGUAUCGCCAAGUAUUUGGCGGCGUUGAUUUCGCUGCGGGUACUUGUCCCAGUCUUGUAGUCGAUAGAGGUGUUGGCCAACCUUCCGAGCAGUGCAUCAGAUACGCUUCUCAAUACUUCCCAUCGAUUAUUCGGGCAAUUAUCAAGGCUGCUGUCGCCAUUGUGCUCCCUCCUUGGCCUGGAGCAUCGGAAUGCGAGAAAGAAAGUCGGGCAAUGCUGUUGCCAGUAUUGACACAGGCCAAGGCAUGUGUGGAAGUUGCACUGUGAUUUUUACUAAUAGCACUGUGAUUUUAUCAAUAAAAAUAGAGAACA